AUGUCCGCCAAUUCUGAUUCAAACGAGAAUUAUAAAGAGCGGCUCAUCCAAGUUCAUGAUUCCGAGCCUAUUACCAUUGGUAGAGCUUCCAGAUGCGCUUAUAAUCCCAACAAACCUUCAUCUGUGAACAGGGAAGCUGCGAUGAGCAAUGCCUAUUUUAAUGAGAGAACCUUGUCUGCUGAUCAUGCUAAGCUUAUGAGAUUGGAGUCCUCUAAAAAGUUUGUCUUGUGGGAUUCUGGGUCCCAACAUGGUGUUGUCUUCAAGGGCAAGCUUUUGCCAAAGGGUGUCAAAGUCCUUAUCAAUUCUGGUGACGUUGUUGGUUUAGUUUUUGACAGCAAGAAGAAAGAGUUCAAGUCAAAAGUUUAUCAGUGUUUCGAUAAAGCAAAGGUCAAAAAAGGGAUGCUCGGUGAUUCAAACGGUAUUGAUGAGCCAAACCCUGAAUGGAAUGACGCAAGCUUGGAUUAUGCCAAGGUCUUGUUGAAGUUUGAACUCAAGCCAUCAUUUUUUGACGGCUCAAGUUUUGUAAAAUUCACAAGAAUUGAUUCCGCUGAGAACAAAAAGUCUCAAAAUAGCAUUGACUAUCUUUUAAAUGAUCCAGAAGACAAUUCUAAUGACAAACCAGAAAAACUCAAUGACGGUGUGUACGAAGUUGAAUCAAAGAGUGUGUAUGGUAGUGCUGAAGAAGUUGAAACAUCAGAAGAUGAACCAGACGUGAAAAAUGAACAAUCAGAAAAAGAUAAUGAAGAUGAUAAAGUCAAGGAAGACUCUUUUGGAAAUGCAGAGGAAGAAGAGGAAGAGGAUGAAUCCUAUGUUCAAGAAGAAGGGGAUUAUGAGGAAGAUGAGGAAGAAUAUUAUGAGAAGGAAGAGAGAGAUGAAGAGGAUGAAGAAGAAGAAGAAGAAGAAGAAGAAGAAGAAGAAGAAGAAGAAGAAGAAGAAGAAGAAGAAGAAGAAGAAGAAGAAGAAGAAGAAGAAGAAGAAGAAGAAGAAGAAUAUGAUGAAGAUGAAACCAGUAAACCCGUUGUAAUGACAGAAGAUCAGGAACAAGGAGAAAAAGCGUCUGUUGAUGAUGACGAUGACGAUGAAGAGGAUGAGCCCUAUGUUGAAGAAGAGGAAGAGGAAAAGGAAGAGGAAGAGGAAGAAGAAGAAGAAGAAGAAGAAGAAGAAGAAGAGGAGGAGGAAGAAGAAGAAGAAGAGGAAGAUGACCAAGAGGAAACAUCUAUCAAGGAUGAUUUUGAAUUUUGUUUGGAAAACAAUUUUGAAGACGAUGAAAAUGAAUCUCCAGAGGAAACUGAUGCUCGCACAAAUGGCUGUGAUGUGAUUACCACCAAUAAAUGCGUGCCUAUCGUUGAUAAAUAUUGCUCUCCUUAUGAUUCUGCCGCAGUCUGCGAUCUACAAACAGGGAAUCAGCUUUCUAACGAAACCGAGGAGUUUGAUAUUUUCAAGGUAAAUGAUGGCUCAUAUGAAAAUGCUUGCAACUUGAUCGAUGAAACAGAAGGGUUCCAUGCCUUUGAUGAUGAUGGUUCUCUAUUUUCUUCCAAAGAUGAGAUGCUUAAUUCUGAUUCCGAAUCAAGUGAAUUUGGAAAACCGGUUAUAGAAUCUCCUCCAUCUUCUUUAUCUGGCGAGGUAGAUAAUCAAGAUAAAGUGUUUAUUACACUUAAUUUGAAAAAAAGAAAUUGUUCAGCCUUAGAUGAUGAAGAAAAAGAAGAAGCAGAAGACAACCAUAAUGAAAACAGUAAUGCUGGCAAUUCACUCAAGGAAGAUAAGUCAGAAAGGGUAGUUAAGAAGCCUAGAAUUGAUAGUGGAAAGAAGGACCAUACUUUGGCAAAGGGGAUUGGAAUUGGUAUGAUCUUAGGUUCCAUAGUCACUUUCUCUACUUUAGCUACUAUGGCAGAAUAUCUAUAUGAGUUUGAAUAG